UCUUGGAUCGCGACUUAAGUGAAGAUGGACGGCUCCGAUCACCUCGCCGUUACAUUACCGCGCGCCAAUUCACCCCUGAUCACUGAUCCUUUAAACACACAAGAACCGACACGUAACCCACUGUCGAUUCGAUCGGGAGAGUUGCAGCCUUGCAAGUGACUGUUUGCUAUCGUAUCCACUCCUUUAAUUUGUUUUCUUUCAACAUCGAUCUGCUUUACUUUGUCUACUUUCCACAUCUUUGUGCGCAAGGUGAGCCACGCUUCUCCGACGAGGCCGAGGCGCGUGCGCCAAAGAUAAACCCGUGCAUCUCCUCCGAUCCUCGUGGAGACCUGCAGGCGAUCGAUGGAGGGUGCCGCAGCCGGAGAGCCGGCACCGGCGGGCGUGCAUGCCGUGCCCUCCCGCAGGCUGAUCGCCGGCUUCAUCUCGGGCACGCUCAAUGGCCUCUUCGCUCUCGCACUAACCGGAGCAGUCACCGGCGCGCUGGCGGGCAGAGCCUCCGAUAGCGGCGUUCUCCGGGGAGCUAGAUCUGGAGCUAUCACCGGGGCUGUCCUCUCCAUCGUGGUUCUCCAGGCAUCUCGCGCCUACUGGUGCUCGGACCGGCUCGGCGCGUCAUCCAUGUCCAUGGUUAAUUUCAUAGAGCAGCUCCUUCAUGCCCGGUUUGAGCAACAGCGGCUUGGAUUUUCAGCACAUACAUCACACCAGUCGCAGGCCAGCAUAUCCGACUUUGGUCACGAUGAUGCGUAUGAAAUCUUCGGAGACAUUUCAUUGAGAGGGCUUUCGCACGAGUCCCUGAAGAAAUUGCCACACUAUGUGGUAACUGAUCAGGUCCAUAGCACAUUUCAUGAAAACCGGCCUUGCAUUAUUUGUCUACAGGAUAUGGUAGCUGGCGAGACAGCAAGGAGGUUGCCGAAUUGCUCCCAUACUUUUCACCAGCCCUGCGUGGACAAAUGGCUCUUUACCCACGGUUCUUGCCCUGUGUGUCGGCAACAUGUGCAGCGUAUAUAGGAAUACAUGCAUUUUUUACAAUCGAGUUCUCUGUCCUAGAAGGAAUUAAUUAUGUAAAAUAUCUGCUCUCAUACAAUGUAGAAAGGGAGAGGAGAGAGAGUAUAC